AUCGUAUCAUAUCAUCCUUCCUAGUUGAUUCAACAUCACAGUUUGACUUUUUUUUUUCAUUGAUUCGUAUUUUUUUGGUUUUCCAUCCAAAUUUUUUUGUUGUUUUCUCGUUUGGUUAGUUCGUUGUCACGAGAUAAAUUUGGUGUUUCCAAUUCUGUUGCUGCGAGAAAAAAACAACAACCAACUCCAGUAUUGUUCGGUUUUAUUUUCGCAAUAAAUAAAACCGGGAAUAGAAAAAUUGUGUGAAUAAAGUUUUGAAUUAAAAAAAAAAACAAACAAACCGAAACAACACGAUGGCAUUAGGAAAAGUAUUUGGAAUAUUGUGUGGAAUUGCGUUGGUGUCAGCGUUGCCAGCCGAGGAAAUUCGCGGCCAAUCGAGAAAUACCGUUGGUGGCGACAGUGAUUUAAUGGAGAGUAUUUAUACGGAUUGUCUGCGCAAGGAUUCAGUGUCAUGUGUGAAAUAUAAGCUGUUCUCAUUUGUGGAUAAAAUGCUCGAUCAAAGAGACACAUUUGCUCUGACCGAAGGAGUGACGGUGAUUAAAACCGAUAAACCAGCCGAUGGUGGUGCACCACGUGCUCUAACUGGUGACGAAUCGAUUGAAUCGUUGAUCUUCAGCCGGGUACAGAAUUUCUUGCAAUCGCACACCGUCAAAGUUGAAUUGAAAGGUGCUGAUGUUGUGAAUGCCGUUUCAUCGACUGGUCGAGCCCUCGAGGAUGUGUCUGACAGUAUGUUUGGCGGUGAAAAUGAUGUGAACGAAGCUCGUGGUAAAAAGAAGAAAGCAGCCAAAAUCAUCGGUCCACUUUUGUUGGCUCUCGGUCUGAAAGCAGCCGCAUUGUUGCCACUCGUUUUGGGUGCGAUCGCACUGAUUGCUGGCAAAGCAUUGUUAGUCGGUAAAAUUGCGUUGGUAUUGUCGGCCAUUAUCGGUUUGAAGAAGUUGUUGUCACAAGAGAAGCAUGUCACUUAUGAGGUCGUUGCUCAUCCACAUCACUCAUCCAGCCAUUCGGCAAGUCAUGGUGAAGCCUAUUCAGUUGGUGCAUCGAACAUUGAUGUUAGCGGUUAUGCAGCCGGUGCGGGUACUGGACACGGUGGCUGGGGACGAAGCGUUGACGCACAGGAUUUGGCAUACCGAGGACAAAAAACUGAGUAAAUUUAUCAUAAAAACUCUUUCAAAUUGCCCCCUUUAAAUACGAACACAAGAGAUUCAUUCACAUAUAGAGAUUCAAAGAACUUACUAUGACUCAUUCACACACACACACACACACUCAUGCGGAACAGACUUACACUCAGAAACACACACACACACACAGGUUAAGUAAGAGCACAGAUAAGAUUUGUUAAGGAGCUUAUAAAUUUAAACAAAACAACAACAAAACGAUCAGGGUUCUUUUUUUGUAAAAAUAUCGAAUCCUUACUUUACCUUAUUUUAGUUCAUAAUAGAUGUUUAAUUGAUGCGGAAAUGGAAAACAUUGAAAACUAGAAAGCACACACACACACAAAUAGAAACAUCCAGAUUCCAAAAAGCUAAGAAAAGUUUUUCAUAAGAUUUUCUUUCAUUACUGCCGUUAGUACCGAAAACAAUACUCGAAUUUGUUUAACGCUUAGUUUAUUCUAAUUCUUUUUUUUUGCUAAAUAUUUCUCUGCUUCUUGAUUUUUCCGAUAUUUUAAAAUCAAUUUUUAUUGUUAUGUUAAAGUUUUCCAAUUUGUUUCAUAAUUUCUGUUCAAUUAUUUAUCUUAUGAGAGAGAAACGAAAAAAAAGUAAUUUAAUGCUAUUUAUUUAAUUUAUUUAUUUAACGAAAAAGAUCAGUUAACUUAUUCAAGAAGAUGCAAAUUGCGCAAAAGCAACGAAAAAAUGUAACAAAAAAAAAUGUAACGAAGAAUGAUGGGAACAAACAAAAAUAACGAAAUUAUAUCGAAACAAAGAAUGGGAGCAUGCAAAUGCGCAAUGCUUUCCGAUUGAAACCAUUCAAAUUGGCAGUUUUGUCGUUAGUGUUCCAAUUUUGUUUUUUUUUUUUAUAGAACGAACCGAAAAAAGAAAAAAACGUUUAGCACACAGAAUUUCAACACACAUAGCACUAAAACAUACCAACAAACACACAAGCACACACACAGAACACAUACACCUCAUAACACGCAUCGCAACCACAUUGCAGUCAAAGUGACAUAAGUUACACAAUAUACACACUCGGGCACAUGAUGAUCAUAAACAUGAGAUAUAUUUACAUUUACGUUAUGUGGACUGACCUCUUUCUUGCUAUAGGCUUUUUAUCGCUCAGAUUUCAUCUCAAUCUUCUCUCUAUCAAUUUCUGUACUUUUUUCCUUCUCUUAGCUCUCGCUUGCAUGUACAUCUUACUUGCAUGCUCUUCUCUUUCUAUUCUAUAUAUCAUUUACGGUUGCUUUUUCUUCUUCUUCUUCUUCUUCAUCAAAACCGUUUUUCUGUUCUUUUUUUCUUCUUUACUUUUCAUAAUCUGACUGUUUUCUUUAUUUCAAUGAUCUUUCUUAUCUUUUUGCCACACCAAAAAUGCUGGAAUUUAUUUUAUGUUCUGUUCAGAUUUAAAUUAGCCAAUUUCAUGUCGUUUAUACACACAAAAUUGUCGAAAUUAUUGUCCCAAAUUUUCCAAAUUGCAUCCUAUGUUGAUAAAUUUUGUUUUGAAUUUUUUUUUAUUUGCCAUAAAUCGCCAUAGUCACUAUUUCACUUCUUAUUUAAGCGUAUCUUUCGUUAAAAAUGAGAAAAAAUGGAAUUUUUGUUGUUGUUCUGUAUUCGAAAUAAAAAAAAAAACCAAUCUGAGGAAAGAAA